ACUACUCAUAAAAACCCCCGCCUGUCUCCACAUUCAAAUUAAAACGGUAAAGAUAAAAAAGUUCACCAUUUUCUCAGUUUCAGACAAAUCGAUCGGAAUCUGACCGGAAAAUGGAACAGAAGAAAGCGUCACAAACGUCAUGCAUCCCAUCACCCUUCCAGGACCUCCCAUUUAAAGAAAUCUCCAAUUUCAAAACUCCAAAGCCUUCACGAUAUGCAGCAAAGUUCAGUUCUCCUUCUCCUACACCGGUUCACCGCCAGCCGGAGUUCUUCACCGCCUCUAAAACCCCGCCGGUAUCCUCCAUACGCCGUCGUGGAAUCAUGAAGCCGUCGGCGGUGAAGUCGAGUGCUGCUGCUCGAAGAUUAAAGGCGUUCGAGCUCGAGCAAGCGAAAUCAGCACGAAAGGCGUUGAUUAACAAAGAGAGAUCGUUGAAAUCACUCGCGAAGUCGCUUACCGUGUGGCUGAAUUUCUUGUUUGAAAACCCUACCUCUUGUGGCUGCGAUGUCUCGAGUUUCACCGGAGGAUUUGAGACGUCCAAUCGGCUGCCGUGUGUUGCCGGAAAUGGGAAGAGGAGGGAGAGUGAGGCAGGGCACAACACUGUUGGAGUUGAUGUGCUGUGGCGAGGGCCCAAGAGGCAGAGGCAUUUAUCCUCAAAUUUUGAAGAUGAAGAGACAACAGCAUUUUCAGAUUCCAUGUUUACGGGACUUAAAGCUUCGUUGACUGAGAUUUGCAGCUUUGAUGAUUUAAAGGAGAGGAUGAGUGGUUACCUCAGCUUGGGAAGCUGUAAAGAGGUUUUUGUUACAAUGACUCAAGUAACAAAGACCAUUGAUGAAGGACGCCUGAAAAUGAGAGCUCAUUGUCCCAUGGUAACCGAUGUUGGAAUGAAGGAGAAAGCCUUGAGAACUCUUAUGUGUUAUAACCCCGUUUGGCUUCGGAUUGGAUUGUACAUACUCUUGGGGGGUGACACCUUGUUACCAAAUGGAGAUGUCAAUUCUGAACAAGAAAUUGCCUUCUUGAAGAUAGUGCUUGAUAAGCAGUUUUUCUCACAUGUUGGUCUAGCAAAGACCUAUGCUUAUAACAAGUUAGUGGAGGGUUUAUAUAGACCUGGAUACUAUGAAAAGUUAGGCAAUAUUGUCUUGAAGAGAUUUUUGUUGCUUGUUCUCAUACUAGAUAGAGUCAAAACUCAGAGUAGUCUGCCACUUAAAUAUGGUAUUGACGCACAAGAUGGAGGAUCUCCUCUAUUGUUCUCUUUGCAAUCAGAUGCUAAAUCUAGCCGUCAACUGAUCAACAAGUUCUUAUCAUCCGAUGUGAUGCAUGGUGAAGGCAAUCUACUUGCGCAUCUUGUCAUCGUAGGCUAUAAAGUGACAUAUCAACAGAAUCCUUUGCUUGAGUAUCACUUUGGUGUGGCUGAUUUAUUUAAGGACCUUCAGGAUGGCAUUCGACUUUGCAGAGCCAUUCAACUCUUGCAACAUGAUCCUUCUAUCCUCUCGAAAAUGGUAGUUCCCUCAGAUACUCGCAAGAAGAGUCUGGUGAACUGUGGCACAGUUCUACAAUUUCUCAGGGAGGCAGGUGUCCCAUUGUGUGAUCAAGAUGGAACACUUAUUAUGGCAGAAGACAUCGUUGAUGGAGACAAGGAGCUCACCAUUUCAUUGCUCUGGAACAUCUUUGUGCACUUGCAG